AUCGAUUUGAUGUUAGAUGAAACAACAAAAAAUAAUGAAACUCAAACUCCUUUGUCUUUUUGUGAUCUUGUUGAUUCAUUUAUUACAGAGGAGUACUUGAAUGUUCCAUCAUUUGUGAGCAAACCUAAGAGUUUUAUUGGAAUAGUAUCUUAAAAAUAGUACUCAUAUAAUGGCUACCUCUAGUGGGAAUACUCAUGCGGAAACAUUACUAAAAUUGGAAAGACUCAAUCAACUAGAAACAAUCACUGCUGAACAACGGAUUCGUAUUGAAAAAUAUCGUACAAUGUAUGAAACAGUUAAAGCUGAUCAUGACUAUCUAGAAGAAGAAAAAAAACGCCAAGCUUAUGAAAUAAACUCUCUUAAAGAUGAAAUGAAAAUGCUUGAAUCACGCUGUCAAGAGCUAGUUGCAUUAGCAAGAAAUGAGCUGAAUGCAAAAAUAGAAGAAUGUGAAGAAUUAAAAAUAAAGAUUUUUACACCCCAAAAAAUAGAAAUUUUGAAAAUAAAGUUACAAGAAGAAGUUGAAGCUCCAUACAGACAGAAACUAGAAUCUAUGGAGGUAGAAGUUAGUAGAUAUCGAAAUGAGUUUAAUCGCUUGCGAUAUGAUUAUUCCUUUUUAAAAUCAGAAUAUGAACAUGAACUGUCUCAAAAGAAGAACCUAUCAGAUGAGCUGCAUGCUAAAUUUAACUUUGAGAAAGACAGUCUUCAAAAACAAGUAUUGUCACUUACUGAGCAGCUCAACAAUCAAGAUCCUGGUGAUAGACAUAAACUUAGAACAUUACAAAAAGAAAACACCCAGCUAAGUCUUCGGUUGAAAAGCGUUUUAUCAGAGAUAGAAGAACUUCGGGAUAAAAGAGAAACUUCAAAUUUACAACUAGAUCAAGCCUCAAGAUUACAAGCAAGACAGAUUUCUGAAUUGGCAAUGAAAUGCAAAUCACUUGAAGGAGAACUUGAAACAAGUAAACAACAGCAGGAAAGAUUACAAAAAGAGCUUAGUAAACAUUUAUAUGAGCAGGACACCCUAAAUGCAGAACUACAUCAGUCAGAAAAAGAAAUUAUGCAGUUAAAAAAUCAAAUAGAAGAACUUACUCAUGCUCACAAAAUGGAAAUUAAUAAUGCAAAGCUUAAUUUCAUGAAUGCCCAAAGUAAUCUUGAGCGAGAAAAAGAUAGUUUACAGAUGGAUUAUAACUCAUCUAAGUCAAAAUUGAAGAUCCUUGAGUUAAAUCUAGAAGAAUUAAAGAAAGCAUUAGAAGAAAAGGAAGCUGAAGUUAUAAAACGAGUCCAAAAAGUAAAAGAAGAAGAAUGGGAUAAAAUUAAUAAACUAGAAAAUUCAAAAGCUCAGCUUGAAUCACAAAUUACAUUACUUGAGCAACAAAAAUUAGAUGCAAGUGCAAUGUUUAAAACACAAAUUGAACAGCUUGAACAACACUUAAAAGCAGAAAAAGAAUGCAGUGAGCGUGCUGAGAGAGAAUCUGUCAAUCAAAAGAAUCUACUUACACAAGAAAAACAUCAUUUUAGAAAUGUUGAACAGGAAAAUGAAAAAUUGUUAGAUAUAAAACAAAAAUACCAAAAACUAAAAAUUUCUUACGAUGAGUUGUUAAGAAUAGAACAAGAGGAAAAAACUGAAAUCGAAAAGCAUUUACAAACAAUAAGCUUAGUUCGAAAGGAAUUAGAUUUUAGUCAAAAAGAUUUACAAAAGCAACAAGAAAGUUAUUUGCAAGCAACCAAUAAAAUGAAAUCUUGUUUUAAUGAGGAGCAAAAGAGGCUAUCAGAAAAAUACACAGAAGAACACAAGAUGCAUAAAGAAUUAAAAAAGAAGUUUGAAAAAAUCUAUAAAGUUUCAAAAAAAAGAAUGAAAAAACUAAAAUUGGAAAAUGCUACGUUGCAAGAGCAGCUUCAAAUACUUAAAACAAAGGAGGAUCAUUGUGAACUUGAAAAAGAAGCAUUAAAAAAAAGUAUGGACCUUGAGCAACAGCGAAUGCGCAGAAGAUUUGAAAAGUUUCGUCAAAGACAGCAUCAGUUUUCUCAUGUGCUGAAUUCAUCAAAUUUUAAUAUACCUGAUUUUACAUCAUCACCUAAAUUAUGGAAUAAUUUAGCAAAUUUUACUACUCCACGUAAAACAAACAUUCCACAGUUAGCUGAAAUUUUUGAAACAAUUAGUGUUAGUAAUGAGAAUGGAACUUAAGUAUGAUGUCCAUUGAGCAUUUUAUUGA